CUGCAGAGCAACAUGCCCAAGUUUUAUUGUGACUACUGCAAUACAUACCUCACCCAUGACUCUCCAUCUGUGGGAAACACACACUGCAGUGAUAGGAAACACAAAGAGAAUGUGAAAGACUACUAUCAGAAAUGGAUGGAAGAGCGGGCUCAGAGCCUGAUUGACAAAACAACGGCUGCAUUUCAACAAGGAAAGAUAUCUCCUACUCCACUGUCUGCUCCUCCUCCUUCCGGGACGAUGAUAUCACCUUCCCCCAGUCUUCUGGGUCCUCCUCAUCCUGGCAUGAUGCCAGCACCCCAUAUGGGGGGCCUUCUCAUAAUGCCAGUGAUGGGUCCCCCUUCUCCUGAGAUGAUACUAGUGGGACCUGCUCCUGGAAUGAGGCCACCCAUGGGAGGCCAUGUGCCAAUGAUGCCUGGGCCCCCAAUGAUAAGACCUCCUGCCCGUCCCAUGAUCUUGCCCACUCGGCCCAGAAUGACUCAAAGGCCUCAUUGUAUCAGUUUUAUAUUACCUGUUCUUCUUCAUCAGGAGAUCGUGCUGCUGUGA